AUGCGUGCAAAUAAUCAACGACCAUAUCUACCGCGUGAGGGAAAACUCAUCGCGGACAUCAAUCGAGCUUGGGAGAAUCUCGAGAAAGCAGAACAUGAACGCGAAUUAGCGCUCAAAGAAGAACUCAUCAGGUUCAUUCAAUUCAUUUAUAAUUGA